AAUGCCAUCACACAUUUCAAUUCCUAAAAAGUGGAAUGAUAACACAAACGCAACGUAACCUUGUAGUAGGAGAUGUAUCUGUUUAGAUACAUACAUGCAUAGACGUAUGGUGACGUGCCGUAACAACAAACAAAAAUAACCAUUAAACGCUGGGUUAAUUUGGUCUUGUGAAAAUAGAAAAUCGAAAAAUUAUACAUAAUCCAUCGUAAAUUGACGUAGAGAUUUAUAUUUAUUCGUAACACAUUUCAAAUUUUAAAAACAAAAUUAAGAUUUGUUUGUAUAGUAAUUGAAAUCAACAAACCCAAAUAAUAUUAAAAUGAUCGACGACGAACAACUCAUUUUACUUGUUCAGGAAAGAAGUGAAAUUUACGACAAAUACAAUCCACUUUACAAGUUCAUAGAUAGGAAAAAAGAUGCAUGGAUGGAAAUUGCCCAUAAGAUGGAAACAACAGAAGAGGACGCCAUAAGAAGAUGGACAAGUCUAAGGGAUCGCUUCACACGAGAAAUAAAAAAAAGAGAAAAAUCAUCAGAAUCUGAUCCAAAUACUUCACAUAUCUGGCCCUACUAUAAUAUGAUGGAAUUUUUAAGGCCUCAUAUAUCAUCAAGACCACUCCGAGGAAUGAGAUCACAAGGAAUUAGAUUGCCACCAGUAAAGAAACAUUCACCGCCGCCUUCACCGGCGACUUCACCACAACCUUUACGAACUGCUUCAACAUUUGAUUCGCGUACAGCUUCACCCAUGCACUGUGAGGAAGAGUUUACACAAAUGUUUGAUGAUCCAUUGAUAGAUCCAUCAUUUUUGCGUAAAAAAUGCAAAAAUCCAAAUCCUGAUGUUGAUAAAAGCUUUUGCGAAGCGGUUGAAACUUUGAAGAAAACCUGUGCUGUUAAUGAAGCUAGAAAUGCAAAUCCUGCUGUUCAUGCGUUCGGCGAAAUGAUUGUUUCUACGAUAUGUAGCAUGAAUAGCCGUAACCAAAUAAAGGCUAUGCAUCAAGUAACAGACAUGGUGAUGAGAAUUAAAAUGGAGGAAGAUGAAUUAUUAGAUCAAGUUACGUAUUCAACGCUUUAAAAUACAUUUUUUGAUUUCAACUUUAUUUACUUUUUUCUAUACAAUACUCUUUUC